AUGUCAUUAUCCAGAUUAUGGAGUGCCUCGAGGAGUUGUGUCCUCUUGUUCUCCCGCCAGUCGACUCCAUUUUCCACGUUCCCGUCGCUUUGGAGAAAACAAGGCGUUCUCAACGUACAAGUCGUUAGGCAAUUUUCAAAAGUAAAAUCUAAUUUGCGAACGUCUUCAGUAGAUUUUUUUUUAAAUUUUUCAGAGACCGAAUCGGAUGAAUAACUCGGCUGAUACGAAAAACUACACGUUUUACGUUAUGAGUCUCGUCAUCGUUGCCAUUGGAUGCACUUUUGCCGCCAUCCCGGCAUAUAGAAUCUUUUGCGAACAGACCUCUUUUGGAGGUCUGACGCAGGUUUAAACGCAGCCCCAUCUAACAUAAACCUCCUGUUUUGCAGGUGGCAAAAGACUUUGACAAGAUUGCCAACAUGAAAAAGUGUGAGGAGCGACUGAUCCGGGUACAAUUCAACUCGGACGUUCCCUCCAGUAUGCGAUGGGAAUUCAAACCGCAGCAACACGAGGUGCCGCAUCCCAUCUUUGAUCUACCGGAACUAUUGACCGAAUUUAGAUCUACGUGCACCCGGGAGAAACGGCGCUCGCCUUCUACACCGCGCGCAAUCCAACCAACAAACCGAUCAUUGGCAUUUCGAGCUACAACCUGACUCCGUUCCAGGCUGCCUAUUACUUCAACAAAAUCCAAUGUUUCUGUUUUGAAGAACAAAUUUUGAAUCCCGGGGAGCAGGUCGAUUUGCCUGUUUUCUUUUACAUUGAUCCUGAUUACGUUAAUGAUCCAGCCCUUGAGUAUCUCGACUCGAUUCUUCUCAGUUACACUUUCUUCGAGGCGAAAUCCGGACUGAAACUGCCGGACCCUUUCGAUCCGAAGAAUCGGCCCUCGAUUGCCCCAUCUCCCGAUAAGCUUCCCGAAGCAUCAAAAUGA